UUCAAGAAUGAAAGUGAAGAAUUCAAGAAUGAAAGUGAAGAAUUCAAGACUGAAAGUGAAGUAUCCCAGACUGAAAGUGAAUAAUCCAAGAUUGAAAGUGAAUAAUCCAAGAUUGAAAGUGAAGAAUCCAAGAUUGAAAGUGAUGAAUACCAAUGUGAUCAUGUCUGGCAUUGUCUUUCAAAUGUGCUGACCUUGAAAACCAUACAAAGACACGUUCACAUGAUGGUAUUUCACAAUCCUCUAAUUUGAAAAUGAUGAAUAAGACACCUAAUGAAGAUAAACUGUUAUUUUCAAGAUAAUUGAAUUUCAAAGACCAUGCAUACAGAUCUGGAUGUUGGUGCUGGAACCUCAAGCCAGGGUUUGUCACAGUAUGGAUAGCGACAUGGCGACUACUGGUGAUUCCGGAAGUGGCAUGGAGAGAGGAACAGACAGCGGGCGGAUUCCAUGGUGUCGGAAGAUGAUCGCCCAUCGACUUCGGGCGUGGUGGCGAUACCGCCUAGGACGGGGUUGCAAACCGGGCCUAGCAGUGGUUCACUUGGUGCCUGGAUUGUGGGGCACUUGUUUGUGCACUGGGCAGCUAUCCGAGUUUCUAAUCGACCUGGAGGACAGCAACUGGGGUUCUCGUCAUCUAGGGUGGCUAGGAAGGAGAGGCCUUUGCUGGGCAGAUCUGCCUGGAUUACUGCAAGACGCCAUGAAACGUUGGGAGAAACCCCACGUUUUGAUCAUCCACUUAGGUGGAAACGAUCUUGGCUCAAUUCCUGGAUGGGAUUUGAGUGCAGUGAUCCAGUCGGACUUGUGCACCUUCAAAGCUUGGAUGCCUGGUGUGAGAAUGGGAUGGUCAAACAUUAUUCCUAGGUUGACAUGGCGUCAUAUGGCCAGCCAUAGGACUGCGUUUCAGGUCAGGAAGAAGCUAAAUAGAGACGUAAGGAAAUUGAUGUUUGAGCUGAGGGGCUUUGUUGUGGAGCACAAAACCAUUGCGGAAGCUGACCGGAGCCUCUACCGAGGCGACGGGGUACAUCUUUCGAACCAUGGCAUGGACCUGUUUAUUGAAGACCUAAGACAGUCCCUACUCCUAUUUGUGUGAGUUUGGGUGGCGGGCGAGAGUGGCCCUGAAUAUUUGGGCGAUCUCGUGGCGGGUGGACAGUGUCCGGGGGCAGGAUGUGAUCGAGGUAGAGUGACGGCUACUUCCGGCCAGGGGUGAAGUCCUCAGACGCGUGUCUGGGGUGUUCCCUGCCCGUGUGAUUCGAAGCUGAGAACUCCCUAAGCCUUUCCAGUAUUGAGCUACGCUCUGCUUCCUCUCCUGCGCCCUGGUACUGCCCAUCUUGUUAGCAUGGGUUACUAUGCAUUAGCUAGCACCUGAUUCCCGCCCCCCUGGUCCAUGUUUAUUUGUGCUGGUCGUUUGGUUCCUGAGUUGCCACAAUAAACAUGACCUGCAGGUUUUAUAACCAAGAA